AUGAAUUUAGAUGAAGCACCGAGCAAGAACAUUCAGCAAGUCAAAAAAAGUGUGCCUCUCAUUAUUGCAGCUAUUGGUGAGGAGGUUGAACUACAAUGUCCUGCUACUGGUGCACCUGAUAUUGAGAGAGAAGUUUACUGGGAAAAAGUUGAUGGUGAACUGUCACAUAUGAAUUUAAUCCGUGAAGGUAAUUUAAUUGUGAAUGAUAUUCAGCAAAAAGACGGAGGUGUUUACAGAUGUACUGUAAAGACUGAUUCUGGAAUGGCAAUCGUCACACAUGUACAUUUAAAAGUUUCCGAUUUUGUUCCUGAAUUCGAUGGAAAUGGAUACGUAGAAUUGAAAGCUUUAACAGAAGAUCAGUGGAAUAAUAAUGUAGAUAUGAAAAUUGCUUUUAAACCAGAAGCAGCUAAUGGUUUGCUACUUUAUACUAAACUGCUGGGUGGAACUAAGUCAGAUGAAAAAGUACAUUAUUUAAGUGUGGGAUUACAAAAUGGACAUGUAAUUUAUCGUUAUGAUAUUCGCAAUGGACCAGCUGUGUUAGUAGUGGAUGCGGAUGACAUUAGUGAACAAGAAGACUACUUCAGUAUUAAUCAAAAAAUACCGAGUACCAUUGUUAUGGGUGGUGUCAAGAAUAAAUUGGAUUUGUUACAGACAAAGUUUGAUAGUUUAUUUAUUGCUGGCAAGAUAAGUGAUGAAAAUUUUGAAGGCUCUAUCAGUUCACUGACAAUAUCAAAUAAAACAAUGAAUUUUGGUGAAGAUUUGAUUGAAAAAUCAGUAAAUGUUCGACAAAAUCGAAUUUGUGCAUCAGAGUUAUGUCAGCAUAAUUCGAUAUGCAUUCCAAAGAACGUCGACAGAGGCUUUAUAUGCGAUUGUUCAACUUCCUUCGGUUUCGAAGGAGAAUUCUGUGAACGGCAAAUUCCGAAAUGCAACAGUGCUACAUGUGAGAAUGGAAAGUGUGUAAGACGGCUUGAUGGUACGGAGUUUUGCCGUUGCUCACCUGGAAAAUACGGUGAUCUGUGCCAGUUUUCGGAAAAUAUGAACACGUUACAUUCUAUUCAGUUUAUUGGUGAAAAUUCUUACCUUGCUUUACCGGAACCAUCUACGCUACGAAAUUUUAGUCUGAAUAUGGAAAUGGAAGUGAGAUCGAUGAAGGAUCAGUUUUUGUUUUAUUUAGCAUCCGAUUAUAAUCAUGAAAGAGCCAAUUAUUUGGCAAUUGGAAUUCGUGAUGGCAAAUUUGUUCACUUUUACAGCAGCGGAGAUGGCGAUAAGGAAAUCGAGUCAUUUGAAAAGAUUAAACUUAAUGAGCCGUAUUAUGUUAACUUAACACACUUUGGCAGUAAGACUGAAUUACAAGUAAAUGAAAAGAAAAUUUCAAGUUUGGGUAAUCUCUCGUCAUUUAUGCCAAGUACCAAUAUAUUUAUCGGUGGUAUACCUGCUGGAAUUAUGGUAAAUGAGGUCAUAAGUGCAGCUACUCCAUUUGCAGGUUGCAUUUCAAAGAUUGUAUUAAAUGGAAAUAAUUUGAAUUUGACUGAAAUGGUCAAAAAAUCCUCGCACGGUGUUGUGGAAUGCAAACCUUACAAAUCAGAAAGUAUAGACAAAAUUCCUUCGCCAUUUAUCUGGAGGACAUCUACUACCAAAAUACCUUCAACUUCUGAAUUCGUUCAGAUAAUGGAAACUUCUUUAGAAACAACUACAAGUACUACAACUUCAUGCACUCUAGGAAAAGAUUGCGUUGCUCAAUGUGAACCUGAUACGUGUGGAGAACAUGGUGACUGUGAUGUAAUUAAUGGAACACACAUCUCUUGCUCUUGUCGAGAUUACUAUGAUGGACCAAACUGUGAAAUAUUUAAACCCAUUGAACACGCUGCAAAGUUUGAUGGAAAAGCUUUUAUCGUAUUUUCAAGUGAUGACUUUCCACAUUUAACAUCUGAACGUGAAGAAACUAUAAGUUUGCGAUUCAAAACGUCAGCUUUGUAUGGAUUGAUAUUCUGGCAAGGUCAGCAGAUAGGAACACCUUUAGAUGGCGAAGAUUACAUGUCUAUUGGUAUUAAUGAUGGCUACCUUUUGCUUUCAUAUGAACUUGGUGGUGGCGCUGCACAGUUAUCUUCCGUGGAAACAGUAAAUGACGGUAGAGAACAUUACUUGCAAAUUUGGCGUACAGGACGGCAUGGUAAAUUAAAAAUUGAUAAUGGGCCAGUUGUUGAAGGCUCGUCCGCUGGUAUUCUUGCAAUGCUUAACGUAGAAGGCAAUAUUUAUAUAGGAGGUGUGCCAGAUUUAAAAGCCAUGACAAAUAAUUUACAUGAAGAGAAUUUUGUUGGUUGCAUAUCAGAUAUCACAUUAAAUGGCAUAAAGAUGGAUUUGAUGGCAAAUGCAAUUGAUGGACGUAAUGUGAAACCAUGUGAUCAAUGGACUACUCAAAAAAAAUAUCUACGCAGUUGGAAAUACCAUUAG